GAUUGCCCCAAGGCUGCUGUUUUCAUUUCCUCAUGCGAAGAAGAAACAUAGCAGAGAAGAAAGGCAGACUCAAGGCAUUGAACCUCUGCCACCAUGGGGAACUGGGCUGUGAAUGAGGGCCUCUCCAUCUUUGUCAUUCUGGUAUGGCUGGGGAUGAAUGUCUUCCUCUUUGUCCAUUUCUACCGGUAUUAUGCUCUUCGAGAGGAGUUCUUUUACACUCGAAAACUUCUUGGGUCAGCGCUGGCACUGGCCAGGGCCCCUGCAGCCUGCCUGAAUUUCAACUGCAUGCUGAUUCUGCUGCCAGUCUGUCGAAAUCUGCUCUCCUUCCUCAGGGGUUCCAGUGCGUGCUGCUCAACAAGAAUUCGAAGACAAUUGGACAGGAACCUCACCUUUCAUAAAAUGGUGGCCUGGAUGAUUGCACUUCACACUGCGAUUCACACCAUUGCACAUCUAUUUAAUGUGGAGUGGUGUGUGAAUGCCCGAGUCAACAAUUCGGAUCCUUAUUCAAUAGCACUCUCUGAGAUUGGAGAUAAGCCUGGUGAAUCUUACCUCAAUUUUGCACGAGACAGAAUCAAGAAUCCUGAAGGAGGCCUGUACGUGGCUGUGACUCGGUUGGCAGGCAUCACCGGAAUCGUCAUCACGCUGUGCCUCAUAUUAAUUAUCACCUCCUCCACCAAAACCAUCCGGAGGUCUUACUUUGAAGUGUUCUGGUACACACACCAUCUCUUUGUGAUCUUCUUCAUUGGUCUCGCCAUCCAUGGAGCUGAGCGAAUUGUACGUCGGCAGACGUCAACGAGUUUGUCGGAACACAGACCAGAACAAUGUUAUCAAAACAUCUCACAAUGGGGAAAAAUAGACAAAUGCCCAAUCCCAGAGUUCUCUGGAAGCCCUCCUAUGACUUGGAAAUGGAUAGUGGGGCCCAUGUUCCUGUAUCUCUGUGAGAGGCUGGUACGGUUUUGGCGAUCUCAGCAGAAGGUGGUCAUCACCAAGGUGGUCACUCACCCUUUCAAAACCAUCGAGCUACAGAUGAAGAAGAAGGGAUUCAAGAUGGAGGUGGGACAGUACAUCUUUGUCAAGUGCCCCGCGGUGUCCAAGCUGGAGUGGCACCCUUUCACACUGACCUCGGCCCCUGAGGAAGAUUUCUUUAGCAUCCAUAUCCGCAUCGUUGGGGACUGGACGGAGGGACUGUUCCAGGCCUGUGGCUGUGAUAAGCAGGAGUUUCAAGAUGCCUGGAAACUACCUAAGAUAGCUGUUGAUGGGCCCUUCGGCACAGCCAGUGAGGAUGUGUUCAGUUACGAGGUGGUGAUGUUAGUGGGAGCAGGGAUUGGAGUCACGCCCUUCGCUUCCAUUCUCAAGUCAGUCUGGUACAAGUAUUGCAAUAACGCCACCAAUCUGAGGCUCAAAAAGAUCUACUUCUACUGGCUGUGCCGGGACACACAUGCCUUUGAGUGGUUUGCAGACCUGCUGCAGCUGCUGGAGACCCAGAUGCAGGAGAGGAACAAUGCCGGCUUCCUCAGCUACAACAUCUACCUCACUGGCUGGGAUGAGUCUCAGGCCAGUCACUUUGCUGUGCACCACGAUGAGGAGAAAGACGUGAUCACAGGCCUGAAACAAAAGACCUUGUAUGGACGCCCCAACUGGGACAAUGAGUUCAAGACCAUUGCAGGUCAACACCCCAAUACCAGAAUAGGAGUUUUCCUCUGCGGACCGGAAGCCUUGGCGGAAACCCUCAACAAACAGUGCAUCUCCAACUCCGACUCUGGCCCUAGAGGGGUGCAUUUCAUUUUCAAUAAGGAAAACUUCUAACUGGUCUCUUCCACGAGGAAACCAAUGUGGCUUGUACUGCCAAAUGCCCAAAUAAUGUCAGUUAAUAAUAGAAGUCCCCCCUUUAAACAAAAGGAGAAAAAGAAACUAUAAUGCGAUGGUUUUGCCUGAAAGGAACGUCAAGGAUUGUUUGAUAGUGAUAAUUUGCAUUUGUAUGAGGCUUUUUGGUUUUCAGAGCAAUUUUAUUAACAUUUUUUUCUUCACAGUAAUGCCAGAGAGAGUUAGGGCAAGGAUUCCCAGACUCAGUUUUUAGGAUAAAAUAAAUGAGACCUCAAAAUGGUGAAGUAACUUCCCUAAGAUUAUGGAGCUGAGACAGGCUCUAGCCCUCUGGCUCCAGGUUUGGUCGUCUUUCAACAGUACCAGGCUGCCUGGAGAUAGGUUUGUAUGCUCUCCCCAAAGAAGUAGCUAUUCAUUUUUCCUUUGGCACCAUCUUUGUUAUCAUUACUAUCACAUUGAAGGAAAGUUUCCAAAUGGGAGAUUAUCUAUGCUGAGAGUGAUCCAUCACUUAAUAGUGACAGUGAACUCCAGUUUACCAAUACAGCAGCCUAACUGGGUCAGAGAUUCUUCCUACAAAAGAAUAUUAGACUGACUGGAAUUAAUGUAUUACCCAGCAUUUACACUGGUGCUUGGCAGAGAGUGGAUACUCAAUGAAAGUUUGUUGAAUGAAUGAAUGAAAAGGCAUUUAGAACCAUACAGUGCCAGGGUAGAAUUAAUUGAAAGCCUUCAACAGAAUUAUCUGAGGAAAUCACUUCUUAUCCUCUUGGAGACCAAAGAAACCUGCUUCUCUUGAGAGCAAAGAACAGGCGAAGGUUAGUAACCAAUAGGUUGUCCUGGAGUUUCCCUCACAUUCUGACUUGAAGCACGCAGGAGAGGGAGAUGGGGACAGAGAACUGAACGCCUGUCAUAACUCUGGCUGGCUCCUUGAGUCCUGCUCCCUGUGUUGUAAAAGAGAUGCAAACUGAUAUAUUGCCUGAAAGGGUCUCCUCUAGCCAGCACUCGUGAAUUCGGAGUUGAGAAUUGUGACAGAUGUGUAUCUGACAGGCCCAUCUGCUUUAAAUGGCAGCCACCCUUUGUUCUACCUAAACACUCACAUGCAACAUGGAUAUUACUGCUGCAACUAAUGGUUUAUUGUUCUGUUAUUAUCACCAUCAUGAUGACAUUUACAUCCCAGAAACUAAAAGCCCUACCUUACUGUGUAGGUUUUGAAUUCAUACCCAAUAGAAUGUUCUGUAUAUCUGUGAGUUUGAAAGUCUCUAAAUCACUAUUAGUGUGGCCCGAAAAGUUUUUUCCACCCCCUCAGAACUGCUUCUACUUCUGGGAACUAAAAACAGAUUUAUUUGUUACAUCACCUGGGGCCACAGAUGUUUAGAACUAUUUAACUUUAAUAACGAGAAAGAAAGAGAAGGGAGCAGGGGAAGGGCAGAAGCCUGGGCUGGGAGGAAAGGGAAGGGAGGGAAGAGGGAAGAGAAGAAGAGUGAGAGAAAGCAAAAAAAGACAACAAGGAAGGGGAGGAGGAGGGCGUCUCGCGCUGGUCACUUUCUGCCCCAGAUGUCUUAAAGUCCUGUGUGUAUUGAAUGUAAUUGCAGGAGCUAUACACAUACGCAUUUUAUUUUGAUUACACAUAGUAUUGAAUCUGAAAUUCUGGCCACAAGUUUGAUGCUGAGUGGAUAUACUCAGGGGCUUGGGAUGAACUAGUAAGAACAUAGUUGUUCUUUUGGGUUCCCAGGAUGCCCAGGACAUGGAGGGUCAGUCCUGACAAGUCAGGCUUGCUUUGGGAAUGUGGCCACCCCACCACGUCCCAGAACUGUUUCUGCGUAGAGGAACUUAGGUCCAGCCUGUUCACACUGCACCCCAGGUAUCAGAUCAUUCAUUCAACAAAUUUUUAUUGUGCUAUUACUAUGACUCAGGCUCUGUGUUCCUACUUUCGAUUCUUUAUACCAAAGUGUGAGCCAGAGGGGUCAUCAGAGUUACAAGGAGUCUGAGAAUCUGGGCCCUCAUUAACUUAUGUGGCAGAAGUAAAAUCAACUCCAUUUGUUGCUCUGAAAAUGUUUCUCCAGGGCUUUCGAUUUUUUACACCAACAGAGCUACCAAAAUGGAGGGAUCUGCCCUGUAUUAUCCAGGUUAUGAGAUGAAAAGUGAGUGUAAAAGCACUUGUCAUUGUGAGAGCUUCCUUCUCCAGUCUUUUCUUCACAGCCACCACCCGCCCACGCUGCUUUUUUCAGCAUUUAGUAUUUAGUAACAGAGACUGAGAGAAUGAUUAAGGAUUGUUUUUAAUCUCAAGGCUAUAAAGGCUUUUCUUAGUUCUUUUGCUUUUGCAAUAUUGCACUUAUGAAAUUUGAAUACUUGUAGAUGUUGUGUGUGAAUAGUUUGGGGGGCCCCUGGGAGAUAAUUCCUGGGAAGAGCUAUUAAAACUGUGCUCAAUUAUUAAAAUUAAUGAGCCCUC